AUGUCCUUUCUGAGUCUGAGCUGGUUGGGGGCUCAAGGCAGGGCACUGUGGUCCUCCAGGUUCCUCGCUGGAGACGAGGAGAGCCAGGGGUUCGCCCACAGGGAUGAGCUGAGCAGGAGGUAUGGGGAGGCUCGUGCAGGGGAGCCUGGGGAAGAACCCUGCUGCUCCAGCCCCGAGGCCAGCGAGGAGCUGCAGGCUGAGGGCGAACACGAGGGGUCACCAGAGGCCACCUGCCCCAAAAUCACCACCUGGGAGGCAGGAUGGAAUGUCACCAAUGCCAUCCAGGGGAUUUUCGUCUUGGGGUUGCCGUACGCACUGCUGCAGAGCGGCUACCUGGGCUUCCUGUUGCUGGUCCUGGCAGCCGUCAUCUGCAGCUACACCGGGAAGAUCCUGAUCGCCUGCCUGUAUGAGGAAGAUGAGUCUGGACGCAUGGUCCGCGUCCGCGACACCUACGAAGAUAUCGCCAACGCCUGCUGCCGCCACCUGUGCCCGCAUCUGGGCGGCCGGCUGGUGCAUGCGGCCCAGGUGGUGGAGCUGAUGAUGACCUGCACCCUCUACCUAGUGGUGAGCAGCAACCUGAUGUGCCACAGCUUCCCCUUCCUCCUGCUGCCUCCGGCCGUCUGGUCGGUGGUCACCUUCCUGUCCCUGGUGCCCUGCAUGCUGAUCCGCGACCUGCGGGUGGUGUCGCGUCUGAGCCUGCUCUGCUCGCUCGCCCAGUUCCUCAUCACCUUCAUCACCAUCGGCUUCUGCCUGCGGCAGGCCCACCGCUGGUCCUGGAGGCGCAUGGCCCUGUGGGUGGACUUCGAGAAGUUCCUGGUGUCCGUCGGGGUGAUCAUCUUCAGCUACACCUCGCAGAUCUUCCUGCCCACACUAGAGGGGAGCAUGGAGGAACGCGGCGACUUCCCGGACAUGCUCACCUGGACGCAUGCCCUGGCUUGCGUCCUCAAGACGCUCUUCUCCGUCCUUGCCUUCCUGACGUGGGGCGAGGAGACCAAGGAAGUGAUCACCGACAACCUCCCUGAGGGUCUGCGCCUGGCGGUUAACCUCUGCCUCCUGGCCAAAGCCAUACUCUCCUACCCUCUGCCCUUCUACGCUGCCUCGGAGGUCCUCCAGGGCUGCAUGCUGAAGCAGGAAAACGGCGUGGCUCUGGAGAGAGCCAUUUUGGCUCUGAGGGGUGGUCUUCUCCUGCUCACCUUCCUGAUGGCCAUGUAUAUGCCUCACUUCUCCCUGCUCAUGGGCCUGACGGGUAGCAUCACCGGGGCGGCCAUGACCUUCCUCCUCCCCUCCCUCUUCCACCUUCAGCUCAAGUGGACCACGUUGGACGUCAGACUAAAAGCCAUCAAUUUUCUGAUCCUGGUGCUGGGAUUGCUGUGCAGUUUGUCAGGGGUCAUUUGUUCAAUUAAGGGGAUGUUUGGGGCUUUUGAGAGCAGAUAGAGCUUUAAGCCUGUGUGGGAAAAUGGUCCCCUGGGGGUGUUUGUCUGAUCAAU